AUGUCUUCAGAGAAAGAAGUCAACGGGCUAGAUAAUUAUGGAUAUAUAGUAAAUGGAUGCACUCAUUACACCAGCACACCGGAUAAUAUGGAGGACAACAAUCUUUCUUCACCUAAGGAGAGCAUAAAAAAGAUGACAUACUAUGUCACUGAUGUUCCUCCCUGGUAUUUAUGCAUACUUCUUGGUGCUCAGCAUUAUCUGACUGCUUUGGGCGGUACUGUAGCCAUCCCCCUCCUUUUGUCUCGAGAGCUCUGCUUGCAACAUGACCAUGUCACCCAAAGCUACCUUAUCAGCACUAUAUUCUUUGUGUCAGGAAUGUGUACGCUACUUCAAGUUCUUUUCGGAGUCAGAUUGCCAAUUCUUCAAGGAGGGACAUUUGCUUUCCUAACUCCUACUGUGGCCAUGCUGUCUUUGCCCCAGUACAAAUGCCCAGAAUGGACCUACAACAAGACACUAGUCAACGUCAGUGAUCCUAUCUUCAUUGAAAUUUGGCAGACACGCAUACGAGAGAUCCAGGGAGCAGUUAUGGUGGCAGCCUGUUUCCAAAUAGUUGUGGGAUUUUCUGGUUUAAUUGGAUUUUUAAUGCGGUAUAUUGGCCCUUUAACAAUUGCUCCAACCAUCUCUCUGAUUGGACUGGCCUUGUUUGAUUCAGUUGGGAAUGAUGCAGGGAGCCACUGGGGUAUUUCAGGCAUGACUGCAAGCUCCAUCAUAAUAUUCUCCCAGUAUUUGCGAAAUGUGCCAAUACCUCUUCCUGCUUUUAACAGGAGUAAAAAGUGCCACAUUUAUUGGUUAAGCAUAUUCCAGCUAUUCCCGGUGCUUCUAGGGAUUGUGGUUUCGUGGACUAUUAGUUUUCUACUGACAUAUUUUAGUGUCUUUCCUGAUGACCCUGAUGCUUAUGGAUAUUAUGCACGAACGGAUAUAAAGAGUGAUGUUAUCACGCGUGCUGAUUGGUUUCGUAUCCCUUACCCUGGGCAGUGGGGAUUACCAACAGUCAGCCUUGCUGGCGUUUUUGGAAUUCUGGCUGGAGUGAUCUCUUCAAUGAUUGAGUCUGUUGGAGAUUAUCAUGCCUGCGCUCGGCUCUGUGGUGCUCCUGCUCCUCCAAAAGAUGCAAUUAAUCGAGGGAUUGGCAUUGAAGGAAUUGGUUGUCUCCUCGCUGGAGCAUGGGGAACAGGCAAUGGAACGACCUCCUACAGUGAGAAUGUUGGUGCUCUGGGUAUCACUAAGGUGGGAAGUCGUACAGUUAUACUCUCCAGUGGAAUUCUAAUGCUCCUCGUGGGAAUAUUUGUAAAAAUUGGAGCAAUUUUCAGCACCAUCCCACAGCCAGUAAUAGGUGGAAUGUUGAUGGUGAUGUUUGGAGUUAUUAUAGCUGCUGGAAUUUCGAAUUUGCAGUUUGUUGAUAUGAAUUCAUCAAGAAAUAUCUUUAUUUUUGGAUUUUCCAUGUUUGCUGGCAUGGUUAUACCCAACUGGAUGAAAAAGCACCCGCUUGCUAUCCAAACAGGAGUACUUCCACUAGAUCAAGUCAUCAAUGUCCUUUUAACCACCAGUAUGUUUGUUGGGGGAUUUUUUGGAUUUUUUCUGGAUAACACUAUACCAGGUACAGAGAAAGAAAGAGGGCUGAUCACAUGGAAGGAAACUAUCCUUGAGGAUAACGAAGUUGCAAUUGACAGUGACUGCUACAAUUUACCUUUCGGUAUUGGCACAAAAUGUUGCACUGGAGCCUGGAGGAGAUACAUCCCUUUCUGCCCAAAACCAAAACCCCCUGAUGAUGAAAGCGUGGAAGAAAACACUCAGGAAAUUCAUAAGGAGACUCUAUUUUAACAAUGUAGGGUAAACAAAUCUCUUUGAAUAGAUAAUUUUCACCCCACUGUUUCUUGGCAAAGUCUGAUAUGUUCAAUUCAUGUUCCCCUGGGGCUGAUUUUUAAUUUCUAUUGUAACAUAAAAGAAUGAUAACACUG